UGUUUUGUAUUUUUAGAAUUAUCAACAAGAAGCUCAACUUGUGUGUGUAGUUGCCAUAUUUUUAAUCAAUCAAAUAAAAAAUUAUUCACAUGAAGUGUAAAUUAAUUCAAAUACGAUAAUAAUUUAACGCACAAUGCCGUAUGGAGAGAAUGAUAUUCGGAAAACUCAAUUGGAUCUUAGUGAACCACCAGAAAGUGUCUUAGAAUAUGCGAGAAUUACAUAUGGGGAAACUCCCGAAACAAGAAAACAAGCUAUAGAAGAAUUUCGGGAUUAUAUAUUUGAUUUAGAUCAAGAACAAUGUAAUCCACACCGGACUGAUGACGCGUUUUUAUUAAAAUUCUUACGUGCUAGGAAAUUUAAUAUUCCAAAGGCGCAUAGAUUGCUUUGUAGGUAUUACUCAUUUAAAGAAAAUAAUCCACAUUUACAUAGAGAUAUACGCCCAUUAGAUUUAAAAUUUAUUGGUGACGAUGAUGUAUUAUCAGUACCACCUUAUCGUGAUCAACAUGGUCAUCGAAUGAUGAUUUAUCGCGUAGGGAAUUGGGACCCGAAUAAAUAUGGUGUUGAAGAACUAUUCAAAGCAAGUGUGAUAACGUUGGAAUUAGGUAUUUUAGAGCCUCGUUGCCAAAUAAUGGGUGGUAUAUGUAUUUUAGAUUUAAAAGGUUUAUCAUUGAAUCAUACAUGGCAAGUUACACCUGCGAUGGCAAUGAAAAUGUUAGAAUUUGUAACGAAAAGUUGCACGAUGAAAAUAGAAGCCGUCCAUGUAUUACAUCAAUCAUGGUAUUUUGAUAUGAUGUACAGUGGAGUUAAACCAUUUUUAAGUCAAAAAGCACGUGAUAAGUUAUUUAUACAUGGUGAUGACAUGGAAUCAUUCCAUCAACAUAUUGAUCCUAAAUAUUUGCCAACUCGAUAUGGUGGCAGCCAAGACGAUGUUAACUUUAAUGAAUGGUUAGAAUGGUUAAAAACACAGCAAUUUAUUGUGGAUGAAAUGCGUAGUUUAGGCUACAUCAUAGAUGAUGCUGAUUUAGCAAUUGAACCAGAAAAUAAUAAAAAUGUACCACCAAGUGAGAGUGGGCGCAGUGUUGAUGACGAUGAUAGCAGCAGCAGCGACGAAUCAAUUUAUUUUACAGAUUGUGAAGAUGGUGAUCAAUAAAAGUUGUUUUAAUGCGUUCAAAUACACUUCGAAAAAAAAGAUCGCUACACUAUAAUUUUAAAAGCUAAAGAUGGGAGAAAUAUCCCAGAACGUCACGAUUAAAUAAAUUUUUAAAAUAAUAAAAAAAUUUUUAAAUAA